AUAAAACUCUUCUAUCAUCAGGUUUUUUCUGGAAGCAUAGUACUAUACUACGUGAAAAAGGAUGACUAGAAACAUCUACGACAAUGCCAGAGCUGUGACAAUCUUAUGUACAAUUGUUGGAAUAUCUAGUCUAAAAAACGUUUUUUCGGGUAGAAUUAUGUUCAAAUGGGACAAACAGUGCUUAUGGCCAAUAUUUUUGUUUGGAAUUCAGUUUUAUAGUAUGCUAUUGAUAUCACUGACCAAUAGAACACCAAUGGCUUGGUUUUGGUUUUGGUUUUAUAUGUUUAAAGAAGUAUGUCGCAUAAUUACCACUAUUUAUUCUGAUCAGCAAUUACCUGCUAUAAUUGAAAGUAUUUAUAAAUUUGAUUUAGAACAUAAUAAUUCACCAUUAAAAUACAAAAAACCAAAAUACUUGAUACUAUAUAUAAUCAUGUCUAUAAUUAUACUUUUAUGUUCAAUUAUUAAGUUAAAAUACGCAGGGUUAAACAUUAGAAACAUAGGAAUAGUACUAGUAAAUUAUAUUACAUUCAAAAUCCCCUUGAUGUAUCUAUUUUGUUGUGACGAAGUGUAUUCGCGAUUCAAAUCAUUAGAGAGACAAUGGCGAAUUGAGGUAUCUCAAAUUAUUAAAUCUGAUUCAAGGGAAGUCACUUUUCAAAAGUUGGAAUCAGAAAGAUUAGCUCAUGCAAUGCUUUGUGAUAUUAUUGAUAACAUACGCAUGACAUUUGGGUAUCAAAUUGCUUCACACAUGUUGUUUAUUUUUCUCGAACAUCUGUUACGAUUUUACUUUCACGCUUACGUAUUACCUGUAUUCUUUGCAAAUCAUCCUCAAAUUUCAACUACUAUUAUGGAUGGAUUGGAGCCAUAUUUAUUUUUAGUAAAUACGUGGACUGGAAUUUACUUGAUAGCAUACAUGACUGACAUACUAACUGAAUCAAGCAGAUCUAUAGUGACUGAUCUACGAAGUAUACCAUUAUGGAAAUUACCAAAUAAUUGUUCCAAACAGGUAGAUAUGUUUUUGACACAAGUGCAAAACUCAAAUACAGAGAUUAUGGCAUCUGGACUUUUCGUUGUAAAUAGAAGUCUUUUAUCCUCUGUAAUUAUGUCAUUGGCAACAUACAUCAUAGUAAUAGUACAAUUGUCACCUGAUCUAAAUCGCGUUUUUAUUGACUCUAAAAUAAGUUGUAUGCUGCAUGAUAAAAUGUCAAACAAAAUCUAUGACAAUGUUAAAAGUUUAUUGAUUUUGAGUAAAAUUUUUGGAAUGACGAGUCUUACAAUAGUUGAAAACAAAAUAAAGUUUAAUUGGGAUAUCAGUUGCUUAUGGCCAAUAUUAUUAUUUUUAAUUCUAAGCUAUGGUUCAUUAUCAAUUGCAUUGCAAUUUCGGACAACGAUUUCAUGGUGCUGGGCACUUUUUGGUAUACUCAGAGAAUUUUUUCGUUUAAUUACCGUAUUUUACUCUGAUUAUCAAAUACCAUCAUUACUUGAAAAUAUUUAUAAAUUUGACUUGACCCAUAAUUCAUCAAAAAUAAAACGAAAAAUACCAAUAUACUCGAUUACAUAUGUUGUAUUGACAUUCAUUUUAAACUUAUGCGCAAUUAUUGAAUUCAAAAACAAUGGAUUUACUAAAAGAUACAUAUGUAAAAUAUUAAUGAAUUAUGUGACUCCAAAAAUUCCUUUGAUGUAUUUUUUCUUUUGUGAUGAAUUGUGUUUACGAUUUAAAUCACUGAAAAUACAAUGGCAACUCAAAGUAUCUCAUUUGACAAGGUCAAGUUCUAGUAAAGUUGCUUGCCAAAUAAUGGAAUAUGAACGAUUAGCUCACGCCAAGCUUUGUGACGUUGUGGACGAUACACAAAAAGCUUUUGGAUACUUAAUUACUACAUUUUUAUUAUUUAUUAUAAUUGAACAUUUGACUCGUUUUUACCUUUAUAUCUAUGUGAUGCCUGCAUUUUUAGCUGCUCAUCCUGAAGAAACACAUAGUUUUGUUGAUAUGCUUGAACCAUACUUAUUUUUGAUAAAUGCUUGGACCGGUAUUUACUUGACUGCUUAUAUGUCAGAUGUUUUGACUGAAUCGAGUAAAUCUAUAAUUAGUGAUUUAAGGAAUAUACAAUUGUGGAAAUCACCUAAGGGUUGUUUCGAACAGAUUGAUUUAUUUAUGACUCAAGUACAAAACUCAAGUACAGAUAUUACGCCUUUAGGACUUUUUGUUGUAAACAAAACACUUAUAUCAUCAAUGUUUAUGUCAUUGGCAACAUAUAUUAUAGUACUAAUUCAGUUAUCGCCUGAACUGGAACUUUAUCAAUUAAAACCUAAAAUUUGAGAGUAUAAUAAUUAAAAUUAUGUCACUUAAAA